GAACAUAAGCAAUGAUUCUGAUUCGCCAAGAUGUAUACAACAUACCAUAUGCACUAUAUUAGGAUUUAGUGAAUUAUGAUAUAGAAUUUAGUUACGUGAUUAAUCUAUGGUCUAGUGGCUCAUUUGUCAAUGGUAUUUAGUCUUUCAAUUCUAUGCUCAUAAUUCUCAACCAUUAGGGAAAUUGUUAGCCAAUGAUUUUUGGUCAUUCACUUAUAACAUUGAAAAUGUCUCGUUACAAAACCAUAGAUCACAAAUGUCAAAUUUUAUGUUUUGAAAUAAAAUUUUGUAUAACACUUUUGUAAACAAUCCUUAUAUUCCUACAAACUACAAAGUCAUGUAACCUAAUAAAUGUAAAAGUUGUAAGGCAUACAUAAACUCAAAAUGUACUAUUUGAUUCUUGGUGAAGAAUUGUGUGAUUAGAGGAACUCACUUAAUUAGUUGAUUCUUAAAGCUACGUAGGGCUGAAAAUUUGUCUCUCCCGUCCAUGUCCCUGUCUGACCCGUCCCUGAAGGGUUAAGAUGUAUAACCGUCCCGUCCUUGUCUCCUUCUUGACCCUGUCUGACCCUCAAGGGUUGGGACGGGACGGGACGGGUUAGUGGGUCGACCCUAAUCAGCACACUACUUUGUUACAAAUUACAUUUUGGUACCCAAAAUUAUUUUUUCUGACAAUUUAGUACCUAAAUUUGAUUUUUUUAUAAAUAAGUCCAUAAAUUUUGAUGGUAAAAUUACGUUUUGGUACCCAAAUUUUUUAUUUUUAAAAAUUAGUACCUAAACUUUUAAAACUUUACAAAAAGGUCCAAUGAAUUAUGAGAUAUUUGUUGUUGCUAAGGGUCACAGGGUCAAAACGUGACCCGUCCCUAAGUUGUCCCAACCCGUCCCGACCCUUACAGGGUCAACAAAUGACUCGUCCAUAAUCUGUCCCUGUAGACAAACUGACCUGUCCCGACCCUUACAGGGUCAACAAAUGACCCAUCCCUAAUCUGUCCCUGUAGACAAACGGGUCGGGACGGGUCAGUGGGUCUUCCGGGACAAGCUUUCACCCCUAAAGCUAGGUAUAUCAUGAUGAUUCACUUUGUAAAUAAUUACAGUUAUUAAUUAAUUCGAUGAUUGAUUGUUGUGGUGGAUAGUCCUAUGAUGUUGAGAUAUUUCAGUAUUUUCUCUCUUUAAUUCAAAAAAUACAUAAACAUUGUUGUAGUCUUUGGUUAGGAAUAUUGACUAUCAAUCUGAAUGACUCGAGUUCAAGUCUUGGUAAUGACAUUUUUUUACUCGUAAGAAGAUAUUAAAGUUCUAAGUUGAACUUACAAAUUUACCCCUAGCUACAAUUAAGGAGAGUGCAAGAAAUUUGAAAUGCUCAAAAUCUCGUGAAGAACGGCUAUAUAUUAUAGAGGGAUUAAUUACAAACAAAAGAGGGGGUAAUUUGAGGAAUACAUAUAUGUCUAAGGUUGGGGUGUUACAACAAACCCUAUGAUCAACAACAACAACAACAACAAAAAAACCGUUUCACAACUCUUAUUCUCCCUUUUUAAGACGACCGUUUCGCAACUUCAAAAACAGAAUUAAAAGACCAACAAAAGAUAACUAUUUUUCACACACAAACAAGUAAAUAAGAGAGAGCCACAAAACAGAAGAGAAAAAAGAAAAAAGGAAAAAACAAAGAGAGCUUAGUUCGCUCUGUCUCCGUCGUCUUUGGUGUCCAUCCACACACUCUCCGAUCCGACGAAAAAAUUCAUAUCGAGGAGGGACAACACAAGAAAUUCAAGAAGCAAUGGCGACGACUGUCAGCAACGUGCUAGUCGCGAUAAUCAACACCAUCCUAUUAGUGCUAGGCCUAAUGGCCGUCGGCACCGGUCUGUACCUGAUGAUCGCCGGCGACUCCACGACCCAGUGCCGGCAAGGGCUCGAGCGGCCGCUCCUGAUCACCGGCGCCGCGCUGGUCGGCGUGGCGGCGAUCGGCCUCGUCGGCUCCUGCUGCCGCAACAGCUGCUUCAUCUUCCUCUACUUGAUCGUCAUGUUCGCCGCCAUCGUCCUCCUCGCCCUCUUCACCAUUUUCCUCAUCUUCGUCACAAAUCAGAGCAUCGCGCGGACCGUCACUAAAUUGAAGAUCUACAAUCUCGACGGCUGGCUCCGUCGCUAUUACGUCAACGACGAGAAUUGGGGGGACAUCAAGAGCUGCUUGAUCGACGCCAGGAUCUGUUACGGUGUCGUCGCUAAAAAUCGUUCCGUCAUCGAUUUCAUCAAGAAGCGGUUCUCCUCUACUCGCUCUGGUUGCUGCACACCACCAUCUUCGUGUGGUUUCACGAUGAGGAACGAGACGUUCUGGAUCCCGCCGAAGAAAGGGAUCGCGGCGGGGGCAGAUCCAGACUGCAAUGGAUGGAGCAACAAGCAGAACGAGUUGUGCUACGACUGCGAGUCGUGCAAGGCGUCAUUCGUGUACAACAUCAAGCAGCAGUGGAGGUCUCUGGCGAUCAUUAACGUCUGUGUUCUGAUACUCGCCAUCUCGGUGUACGUCAUCGGUUGUUGUGCACGGUUUAGCAAAUCGUCGUCCAGUUCCAGUAGAAAGUAUCUUCCCGGGAAGUACCCUUGAUGCUUGUUUUCUCUCUUUCUACUAGUUUCUUCACUAAGUGUAGCUUUCAUCUGAUAUUCAUUUGUUCUCUUCUCAUUCUUGUUAGUUUCGAUCUUUGUAGCUUGAUUCAGUUGACCAUUCUUCUCACGUUGGAUUCAUUGUUGUUUCACCCUGUUGUUUCAGUUUCAAAGAAAAAGCUUGUCUACUU